UGCUGCUGUUUUAGUCGGUGAUGAUUCGGUACAGGAUAAGCACUUUGUACAUACAUAAAAAAUGCGCACUUAAAUAAUCAUUUAUUCGAGAUCACGUACUUUGGUUGAUCCAAGUUGUGCUAUAUGUAGUGUAGUAGAAUUUGAGUUAUCCUUUUUCUAUUGAAUGUCGACGAAAUUGUGUUUUAGAACUCUUAAAAUACAAUAUUACUUGAAUCCUGUCGAGAGCAAUGUUUUAGUAACAACUGUACAAAGGACCAACAGGAAUCAUGUAUGGACUGAUAUUAGAAAAUUUGUCAGAAUACAUCAAACAAACCUACGGUGAAGACAAAUGGGAAGAAAUUAGGAAAGCAGCUCAAGUUGAUCAGCCAAGUUUUAGUACACACCAAGUUUAUCCAGAAAAUCUGAUUCCUAGAUUGGCUAAGAAAGCAAUUCAGAUUUUGAAUGUGUCGGAAAGGAACUUUUUCGAACAGCUUGGUGUAUUCUUCGUUGGUUUCGUUAGUCAAUAUGGUUAUGAUAGAGUGCUGUCAGUAUUGGGUAGGCACAUGAGAGAUUUUCUUAAUGGUCUUGAUAACCUUCAUGAAUAUUUGAAGUUCUCUUAUCCUCGAAUGCGAGCUCCCAGUUUUAUAUGUGAAAAUGAAACCAGACAGGGGCUUACUCUCCACUACAGGAGUAAACGACGAGGGUUUGUCUAUUAUACAAUGGGUCAGAUUAAAGAGGUUGCUAGGCACUUCUAUCAUAAAGAAAUGGGCAUUGAAUUGGUAAAAGAAGAACUACUGUUUGAUAUGGUUCAUGUUACAUUUCAACUAACUUUUGAUAACAGAGCUUUCACCCUCGCUUCUCUCACUAUGACCAGAGAGGAGAAACACCUUCCAAUAAAUGCCUCUGUGUUGUUUGAAAUAUUUCCAUUUUGUAUAGUAUUUGGAUCGGACAUGUUAGUACGUAGUAUAGGAAAUUCUUUAAUGGUGGUACUCCCAGACUUAAUAGGAAAGAAAAUAACUAAUUGGUUUGAUUUAGUUCGGCCAUUGAUAGCUUUUAAAUUUGAAACUAUACUUUAUCGGACCAACAAUAUUUUUGAGCUGGUUUCUGUAGAGCCAGUUAUGAGCGAUAAUCCGACUGAUAGACGUAGAGACGAAAUUUUAAUAACCGACGAAUUUGAGGUCCCAGAAGAAAGAAACUUGCGUUUGAAAGGUCAGAUGAUUUACAUGGAAAGUUGGAAAAUGAUUAUGUAUUUAGGGACUCCCGUAAUGCCUGAUCUUAACUCCUUAAUAGCUACCGGCUUAUACAUAAAUGAUUUAUCAAUGCAUGAUUUUAGCAGAGAUCUUAUGUUAGCUGGAACGCAACAGUCGGUAGAAUUAAAAUUAGCUUUAGAUCAAGAACAGCAAAAGAGUAAGAAAUUAGAAGAAUCGAUGAGAAAAUUAGACGAUGAAAUGAGAAGAACGGAUGAAUUACUGUAUCAAAUGAUACCAAAACAGGUCGCGGAUAGAUUAAGAACUGGAGAAAAUCCAAUUGAUACCUGCGAGAUGUUUGACAGCGUAUCCAUUCUUUUUUCGGAUAUUGUAACAUUUACAGAAAUUUGUAGUCGAAUAACUCCAAUGGAAGUGGUUUCAAUGCUCAAUGCAAUGUACUCUAUAUUUGAUACCCUUACUGAAAGAAAUCGAGUCUAUAAGGUGGAAACCAUAGGGGAUGCUUAUAUGGUGGUAUCUGGGGCUCCAGAAAAAGAGGUAAAUCACGCAGAAAGAGUUUGUGAUAUGGCCCUCGACAUGGUAGAUGCAAUAACUGACUUGAAAGACCCUUCAACAGGGCAACAUCUGCAAAUAAGGGUAGGAAUUCACUCGGGAGCAGUUGUAGCAGGAAUUGUGGGCCUAAAAAUGCCAAGAUACUGUCUAUUUGGAGAUAGUGUUAAUACAGCAUCUCGAAUGGAAUCUACAAGUGAAGCAAUGAAAAUACACAUAUCACAGUCGACCAAGGAGCUAUUGCCCGAAUGUUAUAGGGUUACAGAACGAGGGGAAGUUCAAGUAAAAGGAAAAGGCACUAUGAAAACCUAUUGGUUGCAACAAAGGGAAGCAAGAACACCACUGCGAAGAACUUUGGACACACCAUUUGCCGAAAUCGAAGGUGAGCUUUUGGAUGUGAGAUAUAAUGCACCAACCUAUGCAAUGAACGAAGAUAGAAGAGGAAUGUACUCACCAAUUACAUUCCAAGAUGUUGCUAGACGAAGUAUUGCAAGUUCUCCGAGUAAAGAUAUGUCAUAUUCAAGAGAUUGCCGAUCAAAUUCAAUAGGAACAGUGUAUGGUUCUUCGAGAAAAGUAACACUGACAAAAUCGCCAUCAACUGUUUUCGGUUCUCUUAUCAGUCACGGUGGAAUUGGAUCAUCAGCAACAUCUGCGUCAAGUUUAAAGGGUAAUCAUUAUUCGGCAACGCCAACGAAGAAAGCGCAAUCGGCAAAUCGCGACUUGGUGCCUGCAGGAAUAUUAAUAAAACGACAUUCGAAAAAUUCAAAAGUAAGCAAUAGCCACAGUUUCGCAAAGAACGGAAAGUGCAACUGUAAUAGAAACGUGAAUUUGGUCGAUUUCAAAAAUGACCUUUCCUUUAGGAACGUGAGCAAAAGUGAAGAAAACUUAGUAGAAGCCGCCAAUGCAAAUGUUCCAUUUUGUAACGCUGCGGAAAAUACAUGGAAUGUUGGUCAACACUGCUGUUCAGGCUUUCAAACAAAACGACAUAGACAACAUACUAGCGCCUGUGCUAUUUGUUGACUGCAUUAGUGAUCAGUAUCAUAUUUUUAUAUGUAAUUUAGUAGAAAAAAGAUUUCGUGGAAUACUGUACCAAAGUUCUUUAAUUAUAGAUACAAAUUAUAAUUAAGUAAUAAUA